GCUCAGCGCUGCCAGCCAAUAUUCGAGAAUAAUUUGUUUUCCCCUCCUCUGUCACAACCGGAGCAUUGACGACGCCGCGAUUUGUAAAAGUAUAGCGAAUCCAAAUAGUUUUCAUUUGCUUUCAUUUUCUUCUUUUUUGGAUAUUCAGACCUGCUUGCCUUUAUGGCCGCCUCCGACGAUGUUCCAGAUUCAACCGACUGGCUCUCGACGCCACUAUCUGGCUUCGCAGCUGUUGAAGCCGCCUUGCGAUGCCAAGUAUGCAAAGACUUCUACAAGACACCGAUGAUCACCUCCUGUUCGCAUACAUUCUGCUCCAUCUGUAUUCGGAGGGCACUGUCCAACGAUGGCAAAUGUCCCAUGUGUCGCUCGACGGAGCAAGAGUUGAAACUUCGAAGCAACUGGUCCAUGGAGGAAACAGUAGAAGCAUUUACCAAAGCACGGGUGACUGCGCUGAGUCUUGCGCGCAAUCACAGGCCGAGAAGCCAAUCGCCGAAAAGGAAAGCGAUCGAGGCGUCUCCGCAUGCGCACGAACCGAAGAGACUGCGCACAUCAGCUAGAUUAAGCAAAAGUCGAGGAGAGCAGGCAAUAGCAACGACUCCGACAAUGACGGCUGAAGAACAGACUGUUCCUGAUUCGAAUAACGAGGACGAUGACGAGGAAUAUGUGCCUGAUACUCCGAAUGGUCUUGUGCCCUGUCCCAUGUGUAACAGAAAGAUGAAGGAAUGGCAGGUAUUUGGGCAUCUGGAAUCGUGCCCAGGUCCUUCGGCGGCGGCAAAUAGUCCGAGCAACAAUACUGAUUCUGAAAAUACCUUUUCCUUCGGGCAAUCUCAGCGGAAACAGCAAAAGACACUCGAGCGACUCCCUCCCCUCAACUAUUCCAUGUUAAAAGAGCAGGCGCUGCGGAAAAAAAUGCUAGAAUUAGGGCUCAACAAUCAAGGACCUCGCAUUCUCUUGGAAAAGCGCCAUAAAGAGUGGUUGACACUAUGGAAUGCGAAUUGCGAUGCGGCUACGCCGAAGAAGCGCUCAGAGCUGCUCCACGACCUGGAUAUCUGGGAGCGCACACAGGGUGGCCGAGCACCCACCUCUGGCCGAGUAAUACAGACUGCGGCGGUGAUCAAGGACAAAGACUUUGAUGGUGCUGCAUGGGCAGCUAAGCACGACUCUUCAUUUAGAGACCUCAUUGCGAGCGCUCGUAGAAAUGGAGAGGCGGCAAAAAAGAAAUUGGAGGAGGCAAAUAAAUCAACCAGCGAUCAGCCGCAGAGCUCAACAAGUCAGCCUCCAGACUUGAUGGUUAUUUCAUCAUCCCAACCGCCAGCCUCUAGCAGUUCAGCAGCCCGAGGAAAUAGAGAAGAGUCAGGAGACGCAUCGGAUCUACAAUCACUACCCCCUAACGUUGCUGAACCAAUGGCUUGGGAGGCAUCACAACGGCCAAUAGACCAAAUACCAACAGCCGAAGCGUCAGAAAUACGUAAUAUAGCUGGAAGUAGAUAAAUAUUAGCGUGUGCAUAUUCUGAUACCAAAAAGCAAUGAUACCCAUCUGGUUUGAGCGUAGUUGAUUGGGAAUUAUGAAUGAAUAUAAUGAAAUUAC